UAUCCUUUACAAUGACUCACCCCGUUCCCCUGAACAGGGGCUUCGUGUUGCCCUCAGAAGUUCUGGUGGCAUGUUAGUCCAACAGCUCUGCUUCAUAGCAUCGACUGGAACGAAAACAUCCUGAACUACUCGAUGUGAUCUCGAUCGUAAGCCAUAGCCCAGCUUCAACUCAAACCCUUUCCUCGAGAUACUACCAAAAUCCCCCUUCCAUGUCUUGGAUCAUGCUCUUGAAUGACAUCUACUACUCUCACCUCCUCUGUAAGUCAAAUAACAGUAUACACAUACCCACAAACCUGCAAAUCCUUACCAAUUACACGCCGUGUUAUAAAAAAUCAUAACCCCAAUCUUUGUACCCAACAAUUUACUCACAAGCCAUUGACUUUAAACAUUUACAAAAACCGAAUCUUAUAAGGGAAAAUACUACAGGUUUCGCCCACUGACCCUCAAUUCAACAACCACAGAAUAAAUCAUCGAAGAAAAAGAAACCCGCUUUCAUGGAUUCGACAACAUAGAGCAAAAUCCACAGAUGACCGAAGUAGUGCCAGGGAUCCGUCCCUUCAAAGUCCGAUCCCUCUCUCUCUCUGUCUCUCCCCACUCGUGUUUAUCUAUCUGGAAAGCUUCACCGUUAUAGUUCGAACUGCUUCCUAGGCCUUCAGUGGUGCUGUUACAGAGAGCCAUACCCAUGUAGGAAGAAGGUGGAUAAGACAGAAAUUAGAGUUUUUUCUGAGAAGACGAAGCCCUUGCUCGCCGGAAAAGACGAAACCCCUUUGCAGCUGAUCGAUCGGGUUGGGUUUUGUUUUAGAUCCAGACCCAGCUAGCCCUCAGAUAUCUCUCACUUAAUCUUGGCCGUCCACAUCGAUAAGGACACAUAUCGCCAGAUUAAGGGGAAUUGCGCUUGCACCUUGAGGGAAUCUUGGCCGUUCACAGAGCAGGAGAGAGUCGAGAGACAGUUGGAUUGGAAUAAGCGUCCGGCGUUUCAACGGUGGACUCGACUUUUGUUCGCUGGAUAGUUUGGUAAACGUGUCCGUAAAUCCAUUCGUUAGUUCAUCUCUGAGAGAGAGAGAGAGAGAGAGAGAGAAGCACAGGGAGAGAGUGAAAAAAGAGGGAUAAUGGAAGCUCUAGCGGUCUUUGGAGGAAGUCCCCGUGUUUCAACUUCAUCCCUUCAGUCAGCUUCAGCUACUAUUAUAAGGAGUGGGAAUGGAAGCUUAUCUUACACUCAGAAUCUUACUCUGAGCACUCGCCAUCUUUCUGCAUUCCAUGGGUCUUCUUCCCUUUUCUUGUGUUCCCCAAGUCUUUCCCAUCCUAAAAGGCGAGCCCGGAAGAUCAGACCCAAUAUCUUCCUUCCCACCUUGAUUGCUUCCAUGGAAGAUGUUGAAGAGACGUACAUUAUGGUGAAGCCUGAUGGCGUCCAACGUGGCCUGGUUGGAGAGAUAAUCUCUCGGUUAGAGAAGAAAGGGUUUAAGUUGACCGGCUUGAAGCUUUUCCAAUGUCCCCAGGAAUUAGCCGAGGAGCAUUAUAAGGAUCUUCAGGCCAAGCCAUUCUUUCCUAAACUUAUUCAAUACAUAACUUCUGGCCCAGUUGUGUGCAUGGCUUGGGAGGGUGUUGGUGUUGUUGCUUCUGCACGUAAGCUUAUAGGGGCAACAAAUCCUCUUCAAGCUGAACCAGGCACUAUUAGAGGGGAUCUAGCAGUACAAACAGGAAGGAAUGUUGUUCAUGGAAGUGACAGCCCCGAGAAUGGAAAACGUGAAAUUGCUUUGUGGUUUAAAGAAGGUGAUUUAUGUCACUGGACACCAGUUCAGGAGCCUUGGCUGCGAGAGUGAUCUUCAGGGUGGGCAAAUGAUUCAAUUGAGAAUGCAAUUUUGGGGAGUUUCAUGAGGUUUAGACUGCCCAUUUUAUUGAGGUUUCAAGCUGCUGAUCACAAAAAACUAAACCAAAACUUGUUUCUUUUAUUCUCUACUAGAAAAUAAGGAUGUUGGGAAUUUGAAAAUUAUGAUCCCCCACAUUUUGGUUGAAUCUUCCUAUUGGGGAAGAAAUUCCUACGCAAAAAGGUUCUAAAUAAGAAGUCUGUAAGAAAGUUUUAUGCUGCAUUCAUUUUCUCCGCCGUGGGGGACACUGAUGUGCUCUUAAUUUAAAUGGAGUUAAGUUCAGACUGCAA